GUGGCUUGGGUGCUUCCCGGGCGCGCUGUGGCAGAAUAAACUGAACCUAGAUCAGGUACUUGAGCUCGGGAGGACGUCCAAGCCUGAAAAGAAACCCGGCGAAAGGAGGGAAGAGUCCCAAAGGGUAAUAAUCACCAACAGCGCAAACCUAGGAGAUUGCUUUUUAGGAGAAUUGUCGGAUGCUGGAAUGAGGACCAGCGCUCCCUAGCGCUCUUCCCGCUGCAUUAAUCCUCGUUGCCCGGAAUAUUCUCCAAGUUCCAGGCCUCUGCAACCCCCAAGUACUUUGCCUUCUGCACCACUACCCUACCAGGCCCUAACCCCGACUGUGUCCCGGAGUAGGCGGGACUUCUUUCGGGCUUUCAGCUGCUGCAGCCGUCACCAUGGAAAUCGUCUACGUGUACGUCAAGAAGCGCAGCGAGUUUGGGAAACAGUGCAACUUCUCAGACCGCCAGGCUGAGCUGAACAUCGACAUCUCGCCCAACCCUGAGCUGGCAGCGCUGUAUGUGGAGCGGAACCCAGUGGACACGGGCAUCCAAUGCUCGGCCAGUAUGUCAGAACACGAGGCCAACACGGAGAGGUUUGAGAUGGAGAGCUGUGGGGUUAAUCACAUCGAGGGGGGCUGGCCCAAGGAUGUGAACCCCCAGGAGCUGGAGCAGACCAUCCGCUUCCGGAAGAAAGUGGAGAAAGACGAGAACUACAUCAAUGCCGUCAUGCAGCUGGGCUCGAUUAUGGAGCAUUGCAUCAAGCAGAACAACGCCAUUGACAUCUACGAGGAGUAUUUUGAUGAUGAGGAGGCUGUGGAGGUGACUGAAGAGGCCCCUUCAGCCAAGACCAUCAACGUCUUCAGGGACCCUCAGGAGAUCAAGCGGACAGCCACACACCUCUCCUGGCACCCCGAUGGCAACAAGAAGCUGGCGGUGGCUUAUUCCUGCUUGAACUUCCAGCGGGCCCCCAUGGGCAUGAGCUAUGACUCCUACGUCUGGGACCUGGAAAACCCCAACAGACCUGAAAUUGCCUUGAAACCAUCUUCUCCUCUCGUCACCCUGGAGUACAACCCUAAGGAUUCCCACGUGCUCCUAGGGGGUUGCUACAAUGGGCAAAUAGCCUGCUGGGACACCCGGAAGGGCAGCCUGGUGGCAGAGCUGUCCACCAUCGAGUUCAGCCACCGAGACCCAGUGUAUGGCACCAUCUGGUUGCAGUCAAAGACAGGCACCGAAUGUUUCUCAGCAUCCACGGAUGGGCAGGUCAUGUGGUGGGACAUCCGCAAGAUCAGCGAGCCCACCGAGGUGGUCAUCAUGGACAUCUCCAGAAAGGAACAGCUGGAGAACGCCCUGGGAGCCAUCUCCUUGGAGUUCGAGUCUACUUUGCCAACCAAGUUCAUGGUGGGCACCGAGCAGGGCAUCGUUAUCUCCUGCAACCGCAAGGCCAAGACAUCAGCCGAGAAGAUCGUUUGUACCUUCUCAGGCCACCACGGCCCCAUCUACGCCCUCCAGAGGAACCCCUUCUACCCAAAGAACUUCCUGACUGUUGGUGACUGGACAGCCCGCAUAUGGUCUGAGGACAGUCGGGAGUCGUCUAUCAUGUGGACCAGGUACCACAUGGCUUACCUCUCUGAUGGAGCCUGGAGCCCCGUGAGACCAGCAGUUUUCUUCACUACCAAGAUGGAUGGGACCCUGGAUAUCUGGGACCUGGUGUUCAAGCAGUGUGACCCUGCCCUCAGCCUGAAGGUGUGUGAUGAGGCCCUCUUCUGCCUCCGGGUCCAGGACACGGGGUGUCUCAUCGCCUGUGGCUCCCAGCUUGGAACGACCACUCUGCUGGAGGUCUCCAGCAGUCUCUCCACCCUGCAGAGGAACGAGAAGAACAUAGCAUCUUCCAUAUUUGAACGUGAGACCCGGCGGGAAAAGAUCCUGGAGGCCAGACACCGUGAGAUGCGGCUGAAGGAGAAAGGCAAGGCAGAGGGCAAGGAUGAUGAGCAGAAGGAUGAGGAGAUGGCCCUGAACCUUGAAGAGCUAGUUGUCAAAGCCGAAGAGGAAUUCUUCGACGUCAUCUUCUCAGAGCUGAGGAGAAAGGAGGUGGAGGCAUUGAAGAAGAAACCGAAGCCUAAAAAGCAAAGUGUGGAGACAGAGGGCGGAGAGGAACUGUUGGAAGAAAAUGUCGAGGAGGAGGAAGCACCCGAAGAAGCUGGUGAAGAGAGAGAGGAGGAGGUGUCCACCUAGGGCAGCAUCUGCCCAAAGCGCUGUCCCUUUGUGUCCCUUGCGAGCCUUCUUCUCGAUACCACCUCCUCUGACAAGGGAAAGCUGAGUUUCUUUCUUUCUUCGACAAUUCUUGAUGGGGACAGAUCAGAGACAGUCACGGCCCCAUACUGGGGCUGAGCCUUGCAUGCACCCCUUUUUAGUGGGGGGAAGGGAUAGGGCUAGCUCCUCAGGCUUCAGCUACCCUGUGGCUCACUCCAGCUCAGGGCACACACAGCCUUCAGUUAGACUAUAGAUAUAGCCCUAGGUUCUGCUUAUCCCAGGUUCCCCAAUUAAGAGUUACUGAUGCCUUUCUCUAGAAGCUUCCAGAGCUCAGCUGAGCUUGCCCCCAUGGUACAGGGGCCCCAAGAGCACCUAUAGAGGAGCAUGUUUUUUUCUCCCUCUCCACCCCCCUUCACCUACUUUCAAAUAGGAACAGAAGUUUUGUCCCCCUUCUCCAGUACCUCUCCAGGUAACCCCAGGGCGUAUCUUGAUACGCAGCCACAUGAAGGUGGUCUAUGAGAAAAUAGGUAGAUGGGCCUGGCUCUCCUUGUACAUUCAUGCUUUUUA